GGCCGUGAAGAUGGCCUUCCGCAAGGCCUACUCCAUCAAGGACAAGCUGCAGGCCAUCGAGCGCGUCAAGGGCGGCGAGCGGCAGGCCAGCGUGUGCCGCGACUUCGGUGUGCCGGGCGGCACGCUGCGCGGCUGGCUCAAGGACGAGCCCAAGCUGCGCUGGUUCCUGGAGCAGCUGGGCGGCGAGGUGGGCACGCAGCGCAAGAAGAUGCGGCUGGCCAACGAGGAGGAGAUCGACCGCGCCGUCUACUCGUGGUUCCUGGCGCUGCGCCAGCACGGCGUGCCGCUGUCAGGGCCGCUCAUCCAGGCGCAGGCCGAGGCCUUCGCGCGCCAGAUCUAUGGGCCCGAGUGCACCUUCAAGGCCAGCCACGGCUGGUUCUGGCGCUGGCAGAAGCGCCACGGCAUCUCCAGCCAGCGUAUCUACGGCGAGGCCGAGCCUCUGGCCACGGGCCCCGCGCCGGGCCCGCCCGUCAAGCAGGAGCCCGCGCAGCCCCCCGGCUCCAGCUCCGGCCCCCUGCCCGACCGGGCCCCGGCCCCGCCGCCCCCCGCCGAGGGAGGCUACGGCGACGAGCAGAUCUACAACGCAAACGUCACUGGCCUCUACUGGAAGCUGCUUCCGGAGCAGGCCGCGCCCCUGGGCGCAGGAGACCUCGGCGCGGGGGGCUGCGGCCGGCGCUGGCGGGGUGACCGGGUGACCGUGCUGCUGGCCGCCAACCUGACCGGUAGCCACAAGCUGAAGCCGCUGGUCAUCGGGCAGCUGCCGGACCCGCCUAGCCUGCGCCACCACAACCAGGACAAGUUCCCCGCCUCGUACCGCUACAGCCCGGACGCCUGGCUCAGUCGCCCUCUGCUGCGGGGCUGGUUCUUCGAGGAGUUCGUCCCCGGCGUGAGGCGCUAUCUGCGCCGCAGCUGCCUGCAGCAGAAGGCCGUGCUGCUGGUGGCCCACCCGCCCUGCCCAAGCCCCGCUGCCAGGGUGCCUGCGCUGGAGGAGAGCGAGGAGACCCUGCGGCGGUGUCGGCCCGAGCCCCUCAGCCCCCCCGAAGAGCUGCAAACCCCGGAUGGUGCUGUGCGGGUGCUCUUCCUGUCCAAGGGCAGCAGCCGGGCACACAUCCCUGCCCCACUGGAGCAGGGGGUGGUGGCCGCCUUCAAGCAGCUAUACAAGCGGGAGCUGUUGAGGCUAGCUGUGUCUUGUGCGGGGGGCUCCCCGUUGGACUUCAUGCGCAGCUUCAUGCUCAAGGACAUGCUCUACCUGGCCGGCCUCUCCUGGGACCUGGUGCAGGCAGGCAGCAUUGAGCGGUGCUGGCUGCUCGGCUUGCGGGCGGCCUUUGAGCCCCGGCCCACUGAGGAGUGUGUUGGGCAGCCGGCCGGCCAGGCCGAGGACGCUGCAGAGCACAGCCGGGUGCUCAGCGACCUCACGCACCUGGCAGCCCUGGCCUACAAGCGCCUGGCGCCCGAGGAGGUGGCCAAGUGGCUGCAUCUGGACGAUGAUGGGGGGCUGCCCGACAGCUGCAGGGAGGAGGCAGGCCCUGGCCGGCCCCCUGUGCUGGCUCCUGCUGCCCCUCUACCCCCAGCCAGCCUACCCUCUGUCGUGGGAGGUGGGGAGGAGGAGGAGGAGGCUGCCGUGCCCACUGCUGGGGAGGCUGUCCGGGGUCUGGAGACAGCUCUCCGGUGGCUGGAGAAUCAGGACCCCCGGGAGGUGGGGCCACCAAAGCUGGUGCAGCUGCGCUCACUGAUCAGCAUGGCCCGGAGGCUGGGGGGCAUUGGUCCCUCUCGUGCAGUCCCCGAGGAUGGGGUGUGACCAGGCCAGCCUGAGUGGCCCCCCAGCGGCUGUGUUCCUGCUGCACUUGGAGGGAGGAGACACGCACAGUCUUCCAUUUCCCCUCCCUCCCUCCCCUGGGAUGGCCCACCCCCUGGCUCAGGGGGCUCCAGGGAUCCUGGCCCCCAGGCUGACUUGGAGGGGCUCUGUUGUGGAGGAUCAUCCUGCUCCACUGGUCCCCCAUUCUCCUGAGGGGAGCUAGAAGAGGGGCCCUGGGCUCAUACACCUCCUCCCUGCGCAAGCACACUCGUGGUGUCUGUGGUUUUUGCCAGGGUCCCUUGCCACACACACCUGCCACGAACAACGUAGCGCGCUAAUCAGAGCAGCUCUCGGUUUUCUGGCCCUGGCCCUUACUGGGCUCCAUGCCUGUCCGUACCUCCUGCCCUCCUCCGGGGUGGCCCAUCACACGCACUGGACAAGGGGCCAGCACUCCUGUAAGUCUGGAGCUCUGGUGCUUCAUGGUUCCCAUGCCACAGCCAUGCAGUCUCCAUGCGGAGAUCUCCAUGCGGAGUCCGGUUUUACAGAUACCCUGCCUGGGGCCCAGGGUGGUGUCUCAUUCCCCAGCCUGGGGCUGCUCUUGGAGGUUGGCUCUAUAGAGGCUGGGAAGGGAGGGUGGUGCCCGGCAGUUGGGGAUCCUGAGGUUCCAGAUGCAGCAGCAAGUGUAGAUUUCCGUUCCACUGGGAUUGUUAGUUUUCCUUAAGAAAAUUCCAUUCCCAAACUGCUCUCUUAUUCUAUGGGGUUAGCAGCCUUCUAGACUUGGGCCCCUGGUGACUUGGCCAAUGACUGAGCAAGCUCCCUGGACCAGCAACCAGGCCCAGAGCCACGCCAUCUACCCGGAGCGGGCCUGCGAUACUGACAGCCAUACGGGGACAAUCCUACAGUGCCUUAGUGCUCCUCCAUUGGAACUCCUGGCACUGCCAAGGGUAUGGCUAAGGAGCUGCUUCCCGUAGCCCCAGGGACUGGGCUUCUGAGUGGCUCCGUUUGAGAGGAGGAGGAAAGGGUUCGUGUGUCACUGGCCAGCUCUAGGUUCAGAGUCCGGCGGUGCCCGGGCCUCCGAGGGACGGCCUUGGGGGAGGUGCUGCCCAGAGCGCUUGUGAGAGGCGGGGGCCAGGUCUGAGUGCUGCCUGCCUCCGUCCUCCCUUCACCCCCACCUGCCCCACAUCCUCCGGCAGUAGCCAGGCAGCUGCAGGCACACGGUGUGUCCAUGGGAGGGGGUGGCCAGGCACUGCUGAGGCAGCUGGAGGGAGCCCCCAGAGCAGCUUCCCCACAAGUCUGAGAACAUAAGUUGUUCCGUGGAACUGUCCCCGGUCAGAGUGUGUGUGUGUCACAUCCAUGUAUCUCAAAUCUGAAAGCUGAGGGAAGGUGUGAAGAAUUUGGGAGCAGGGGCCCCCAACUGGGGCCCCUCUGGCCCGUCCACUCACUAGCUGUCUCCAGCCCGCGCCCCUGCAGGUGCCUCUGGCCGUCUGUGGCUGCCGUCUGUGGCUGGCCCUGGGACUCUAACCCAAGCAGCUAGCAUGGGGCUUCAGGAAGUCUUCCCUUUUGUAACAUCCGAUGGCAACUCAGGGACCUAGGGCUGGGAGGCCCUGGCCUCUGCUCUGCCAGGCGUGCCCCCGGGGGAGUCUGGAGAGGCAGACCUCAGGGCCCCCAUGGGCACUGGGCAAGGGUGCACUUGGGACCCCAGAGUCUCUCUCUGCAGAAUGGUUGAACACUCACAGCAGCAGAGCUUGUUGCUCUUCCCCAAAGUGGCUCUUGGUCAGGAUCAUCGUUAGGGCAUCCAGUGGGCUUGGCAGCGGGCUGGGGAGGGGGGGGCACGUGGAUGAAGACAAGCCGGUGUGCAGGCUCUGCUAAAACCGCCCUUGACCUGCAUGUUCUGUGGGGAUGAGACUAAGCUGCAACCCUCAGAGGGAGCUGUCUGAGAGGCACGGCCUUGCCCAAGGGGGCUACAUGCCUGGGAAGCCACCCCCAGACAGCUGGGGGGCUGCAGGGCACCAUGUUGGCAUGUGGUGAAGGGAAGAGUGUGCCCUCCAGGGACCCCCAGCCCAGCGAGUCAGGAUUGCCGCGGGGAGCCCGGGAGGGGGGCUGGGCGCUGUUUGUGCCCAGAUAAGGGUGCCCACAGGCUAGCCUUGACUCCAGGGGCGUGUCCUUGAGGACCAUGGGCUUUUGGGAUGCAUGCUCUGUUGAGGGGCCUUUUCACACCCAUCCUUGAGGGAGGAAUUCACCCAGUCAGGUAGGCCCAACGUGCUUUAUAAUAAAGGUUCAUGUCAAUUUCAUGUGCAUCCCUGUUCUAAAGUCUUAUUUUAACAU